UUUAAAGAACCAUAGUGCCAAUAAUUAUGUGAUAAUCGCUUUUGACUUCCUGCACCUAAAAUACGACAUCUUCUUACUAAUCUCGUUGCUUACGGGUUUCAGUCUGUACCUGACUCAAAUCUUCGUUGCAUAGUGAGGGUCAUAGCGCUAAUUCCUGACAGAUUAUAUUCUGCGAUUUAUUUAGCAUCUUUAUGUGGGUUUAAUAUCAGCUGGAUCUCUCACUUCUCUACUUUUAUAACCGAGUAAGCGAGUGAUUUAAGCUGUUCUAUUUGUCACAAGGCUUGGUAAUGGUUAACAGCAUUGCAAGCAAGUCUUCUCUGAUAUAAUACAGCUCACAUUUUCUACUAAAAUUUGUCAGCUGCUUUUAUAUGUAAAACAAAGUUCAACUACUUUUGGCUCGAGUGUCUAAUUUUAUUGUCGCGUGUCUAUUUUUAUUAAUGGAAGAAUUAAUUUUUACGCACGGACAAGUUUGUAAUUAUUUAACAACGUAAAUAUGUUUGAAAACGUAUGUCACUACGGAUACGAGUACUAAAUAUGGCAACCUUUCAACUUAAAGUUUUUUAUGCAUUAAGAAUUGUUUAUUUUUUUGUUUCACCAAGAAACUCUCUACACGGUAACGAAGUCUCCACUAAAAAAAACGAAAAUUCGGUAAACUAAAUUUUUUUUUUUUGACAACAUCCCAGUAGUGAAAAUUAGUACGGCUUCAACAGAAGCAGUGGUUUUGAGACUAUCAAUUAACUAGUUAAAAAUUCUUCCAGCGUGGAGCUACUCAGAAGUAGUGAAAUUUUCAGUCGAGCAAUGGGAAUCAGUCGCACACCGAUUUUAACCAAUCCAGCGAUAUACUAGCAAAAAUUCUAAUAGAUUAAGUGUAAUAGAAUAUAGUAUAAUUUAGUUCAUUAUAAAUUACUAUUUCUUAAUUAUUUCUCAAAACUAACCAGUAUCGAUCCAAAAUGCAUCAGUCCACAGAGCAAGUUUGCCGCACCAAUAGAUUGACGCAACCAAACACACAAUAGACGAGUAAUAAAAAAAUAAUGAGCGUUCGCUAUAAGUCUCUAAAUUCCAAGUAUCAGUUGCACUGACCACCACAAACAAUCAGCUGUUACCUACAGAGUAUUUAUGCUUACCGAAAACAAGUUCUACCACUUAGUAUUCGACACAUAGCACAGACGCGCACAACAACCGCACGCACGCCAAAUUCUAAAUAUACAUAAAAAAAAAAAUAAUAGGCAAAGCAUGAGCCAGCGCGCUAAACGCACCAACUGGCUACCCGCUGCAUACAUCGCACUCUCUUGUGUGCUCAGCGUGUAUCCGACAACGUGCGUUGACGCAGCACGCAUAUUGGGCUUCUUCGCUUCACCCUCGAAGUCGCAUAUAAUUGUGCAUUGCGCCGUUGCCGAUGCGCUGGCGCAAGCCGGUCAUGACGUCACCGUCAUCGCUUCCGGGCCGAAUGUGCGUAAACAGGCGAAAUACAAAUAUAUCGAAUUGGCAACGAUGGGCGACCAUCCGCUCAUGUCCACCGAUAUUGUGAAUAAACGUCAGCCCUUUUGGCGGCGUUUCGGUUCGUUUUUAAGUGCGAUUAAUCGGAAUGCCAAUGAAACGCACCACAACCCGCGCGUACAACGAUUUCUACGGCAACAUCAGGCGGGUGAUUUUGAUUUGUUGCUGUUCGGUUAUUUCAUGAACGAUUUCCAAUUGGGUUUGGCGGGACAUUUUCGCUGUCCCAUUGUGGUAUCCUUCAUGAUUCAGCCGAUCUUUGCAGUGAAUAAGUUUGUGGGCAAUCCCAGUGAACCCGCAUACGUGCCGGGUAUAUUCGGCUAUUUGGUGCAGCCAAUGAAGUUUUUGGAACGUGUGAAAAACAUGAUUGUCGCUAUGAUCGAAGAAAUUGUGAUACAAACGAUGCUGGAUUAUCACGAAAGUAAAUACUAUAAAUACAACUUUCCGCCAGACCGUUAUCCACCACUCGAUGAAGUGCGCAAGAACGUCUCACUUGUCUUCACCAACCACCAUUUCAGCCAAGGACCCAUACGCCCUAAUGUGCCCAACCUAAUUGAAAUUGGUGGCAUACAAGUCAAGGAGAAACCCGAUCCACUACCCACCGAUAUCGCUAAAAUUUUGGAUGAAUCUAAAGAAGGCGUUAUCUACUUCAGUUUAGGUAGCAACAUACAAGGCUCCCAUCUAACCGAGGAAAAGAUAAAGAUAAUGUUCAAUGUCAUAUCAAAAUUGCCUUACAAGGUCUUAUGGAAAUGGGCACCGAACGAACUACCUGGCGAAUCGAAGAACAUUAUCUUCCGAGAAUGGCUGCCACAGGACGACAUACUCGCGCAUCCUAACAUUAAGCUAUUCAUAACACACGGCGGCAUGGGUAGCGUUGUGGAGUCACAGUACCAUGGUGUGCCCAUGGUAGGCAUACCGUUGUUCGGCGAUCAGCCAUCAAAUAUGGCAAAUGUUGUAAACUCCGGCUAUGGCCUCUCCGUCGACUACAUAACAAUGACAGAGGAAAGUCUAAACAGUGCCAUACAGGAUGUGCUACACAAUCCCAAAUAUAAAGAGACAGUGCAAAAAUUUUCACGUCUAUAUCGCGAUCGGCCAAUGACACCACGUCAAACGGUUGUCUAUUGGGUGGACUAUGUGCUGCGGCAUCAGGGCGCCAAACAUAUGCAAUCGCCGGCGGUUCACCUGAAUCGUUGGCAACUGUUGUCGGUCGAUGUGAUCGGCUUUCUGCUCGCAAUUGUUCUCAUCAGCGCGUUUGUGAUCAUAAAAGUAUUCAAGCUGAUUUGCUGUUGUGGAAAGAAAAACAAAUUGCCUAAGGUGAAAAAGGCCAAGCAGAAUUAGUGAACAAAGGCAAAUGUAUAAAAGGGAUAGUAGCUAUUUUGAGCCGAAAGCGGUGCGAAGUCGCCAACGGCUAGAAGAUGAAAAACGUGUGUGUGUACUGGUGUGGAAAGUAGCAAUGCCGAAUACGCUGAACAAUUUAACAAAGGCAUUAUUAUUUAGUCAUUUAAGAAACCGAUGCAAUGGCCUAAAUAUUUUAUGAAUUUAUGUACUGUAUAUUCACUACGUCUGUACAGACAUAUGUAUACAUAUACAUGUAUGUAAGUUUUCUUUAAUAUGAUAUUUGUAUAUUAUAGUCAUAGUUAACGAUAAAUAAAUUUGUUUAAAAA